AUCCUCAUCAAAAAAUCUCUAUAUAUCCACAACAACAAAAGAAAAACUCAAGAACAAUCUCUUCACUUGAUCAACACCACAUUGUCCUAUCAUUCUACAAAGCCUUUACGUGAUUUAUACAACAAGUCAUUACCAUGGUGAAACAGGAACGCAAGAUCCAAGCCAACACAAAAAAUGAAAUGCCUUUGUCAUCAUCACCAUCUUCUUCUUCAUCUUCAUCUUCUUCCUCGUCUUCGUCUUCGAGUAAGAACAAGAACAAGAAGAGUAAGAUUAAGAAGUACAAAGGAGUGAGGAUGAGAAGUUGGGGAUCAUGGGUUUCUGAGAUUAGGGCACCAAAUCAAAAGACAAGGAUUUGGUUAGGUUCUUACUCAACAGCUGAAGCAGCUGCUAGGGCUUACGAUGUUGCACUCUUGUGUCUCAAAGGUCCUCAAGCCAAUCUCAACUUCCCUACUUCUUCUUCUUCUCAUCAUCAUCUUCUUGAUGAUCUCUUAGAUGAAAAUACCACUUUAUCCCCCAAAUCCAUCCAAAGAGUAGCUGCUCAAGCUGCCAAUUCACUUGACCUUUUUGCCCCUUCUUCAUCAGCCGUCUCGUCACCGUCCGAUCAUGAUCAGCAUCAUGAUGAUAAUGAUGAUGAUGGGAUGCAAUCUUUGAUGGAAUCUUUUGUGGACAAUAAUGUGUCUUUGAUGAAUCCAUCAUCAUCAUGGUAUGAUGAUCAUAAUGGAAUGUUCUUGUUCGAUGAUGGAGCUCCGUUUAAUUACUCUCCUCAAUUAAACUCGACGACGAUGCUCGAUGAGUACUUCUACGAAGAUGCUGACAUUCCGCUUUGGAGUUUCAAUUGAUCCAACGGUCCAUAAUACAUGCUUUAAUUAGUU